UAGUAAGUCAUUACACUGGCAGCGCUCGUGGCGAGAGGAGCGAGUUGAAGGCCCCAAAAGAAAGUUUUUCGCAUCGCCAGUGCGUGGAGAAUUGCCCCUACGAGAAAGCCCGGCGCCAGUCCGUCCAUAUUAACAUCUCCAUCUGCCGAGCUCCGAGAUCUGAGAUCCGAGAUCUGAGAUCCGCUGGCGAAGUGAGGGGAUCCGCAUCCCGAAGAGCGACGGUAAACAGCGAAUAAGUCGUGCAAACAGCAGACUUCAGACAACAGACGUCUCAGUGGGACCCAGUGCGAACCUGAAUCGGGGCUUAUUUAAGGCCCGCUACCCGCUGACUGUCAAUCAGAACAAUUCAAGCUGUCGCCGGCAGCAGAUCGCGAGUGAAGAGGUCCGAAGAACCGGCCAGAAGAAAGCCGCAGAAGAAUUGCGCAACCCAGAAAGACGGAUCGGUGGGGAAAAUUCCCCGGUUAAGCUGCAAAUACACCCCCAGCAUAUUUGCUCUUCGGCAUUGUGUGCCGUAUUGUGAUAUUUAAACGCGCCACCUGCAGCGUCGUCAUCAAUUUGUUUUAACACUCCGUGUUUAACCCAAACAAAGCCCGCUCAUCCAUCAAAUACCAAGAUGUCCGCGUCGAAGGAGGCCAUUUGCGGCAGCACCGAGAAGGAUCUGGAGAAGCCAGCCUUGGGAUGCUUUGCCACCCGCUACUUUGUGACCUUUAUGCUUUUCCUGGGCAUGGCCAAUGCCUAUGUGAUGCGCACCAACAUGUCGGUGGCCAUAGUGGCCAUGGUCAAUCACACGGCCAUCAAGUCUGGCCAGGAGGAGGAGUACGAUGAUGAGUGCGGAGAUCGGGAUAUCCCCAUUGUAAGUAGCUCUUACAAAGCUCCAUCUUUGAGUCAUAUUGAUAAAUUAUCUGACCCUUUUCAGGACGAUUCCCAGGAUGGCGAGUUUGAGUGGAACUCAGCUCUGCAGGGCUACAUCCUGUCCUCCUUCUUCUACGGCUACGUCAUCACCCAGAUUCCCUUCGGCAUCCUGGCCAAGAAGUACGGCUCCAUGCGCUUCCUGGGCUACGGCAUGCUGAUCAACUCGGUGUUCGCCUUCCUGGUUCCCGUGGCUGCUCGCCAAGGCGGAGUCUGGGGUCUGUGUGCGGUGCGCUUCAUCCAGGGUCUGGGCGAGGGUCCCAUUGUGCCCUGCACCCACGCCAUGUUGGCCAAGUGGAUCCCCCCCAACGAGCGGUCCCGAAUGGGAGCUGCCGUCUAUGCGGGCGCUCAGUUUGGAACCAUCAUUUCGAUGCCACUCUCCGGAUUGCUGGCUGAGUACGGCUUUGAUGGCGGCUGGCCAUCCAUCUUCUAUGUGUUUGGAAUUGUGGGAACCGUUUGGUCCAUCGCCUUCCUGUUCUUCGUGCACGAGGAUCCCUCUUCGCAUCCCUCUAUUGAUGAGCGCGAGAAGAAAUACAUCAAUGACGCGCUCUGGGGAUCUGAUGUGGUCAAGAGCCCGCCCAUUCCCUUCAAGGCCAUCAUGAAGUCGCUGCCCUUCUACGCUAUCCUGUUUGCCCACAUGGGUCACAACUACGGCUACGAGACCCUGAUGACCGAGCUGCCCACCUACAUGAAGCAGGUGCUCCGCUUCUCCCUGAAGUCGAACGGUCUACUCAGCUCCCUGCCCUACCUGGCCAUGUGGCUCUUCUCCAUGUUCAUCUCGGUGGUAGCCGAUUGGAUGAUCAGCUCGAAGAGAUUCACGCACACGGCCACCAGAAAGAUGAUCAACAGUAUUGGCCAGUAUGGUCCUGGUAUCGCCCUGAUCGCCGCCUCUUACACGGGCUGCGACCGGGCUCUGACCCUGGCCAUUCUCACCAUUGGAGUGGGCCUGAACGGAGGCAUCUACUCCGGCUUCAAGAUCAACCACUUGGACCUCACCCCGCGUUUCGCCGGCUUCUUGAUGUCCAUCACGAAUUGCUUGGCCAAUUUGGCCGGUCUUCUGGCGCCCAUUGCUGCGGGCCAUCUCAUCUCCGAUCCCAGCAAGCCCAUGAUGGGUCAGUGGCAGAUCGUGUUCUUCAUCGCCGCCUUUGUGUACAUCAUCUGCGGCACCUUCUACAACAUCUUCGGCUCCGGCGAGCGUCAGUACUGGGACAACCCCGAGGACGACGAGCAGAAGCCGGCACUGCAGACGACCAGCACCACCACCCCGCAAAGGCUGAGCAACGGCAGAUCGGUGCCAGCGGCCAUCUCCAGCUCCUAGGACUACAAAAAGGCCGUAGUAUUAACCAUAGUCGCCCGUCAUUAACAUUAAUCCGUACACUAUACGAAACGCGUAGUUUAGUCCUUCAUUUAGUUAGCUAUUUGUUAAGCCAAAAGUUGUUAAUAUUGAUAGUUAGCGUUUGAUAUAUUCCUAUACAUGCACCGCUACAAAAAAAGACAGUAGGCUUCCCAUUGUAAAGGAAUUGGGAACUCAAACCGAACCCACACCAAAUCGAGCACAAAUCGUCAACUUUAGUUAGGGAAAUCGAGGUCUACCAUUGCAAAUGCGUAACUUUCUUAUCUUAUUGUGAUAGCGACAGAGUUUAGUUCUCUCACUGAUUUGUUUUGAAAUUAAAUGAUCCGCUCAAGCGAACAUUGUUAAGAAAACAACCAAAUGUAUGAAAACCAUUAAAAACUAUUAGUUUAAGAAAAAACAAAAAA